UCUCGAGUCAGUUGUUUGGAAAGACCCACUGUGUUAUGUCAACAACAGCAGAGUAUCUACUUCCGCCUUUACCACCGACGUGCACUUCAGACAGCUGUUGAAAUGAUUCUAGAUAGACGAGAGUCGCAUGUAUAUAUAGGGACACAUUAUGACAUGGGAAUAUUAUUGCUAAAUCCGUCUUACACCGACCAACUACCGAUUGCGUGGUCUUAAUGUGUUUCUCCAGCGCCUGACGUGUGUGCCACUGAGGUAGCCAUAACUUACGAUGCAGUUGCUGUGACAGUCCGGAUACGCAAAUGAAGAACACGGAUGUACCUAUCCUGCGUUGCAGAAGUAAUCCAGGGUCUACCACUUCCUGGAUAGUCACACUGGUCCUGGGUUUGCUCGUGUGUUCCGCACGCUUCAUCUCAUCAACUGAAGUAAACGGGACUCACUGCGUCAGACCGUAUGACACUCCCCCCUGUGACUGUAAGGUAGGCUGGUACGGCGACAAGUGUACGGAGAACUGCAGUUCGACAUGUAGUAGCGGAUACGGCUGCAACAAGACGACUGGGAAAUGUGUGUCGUGCAAAGCUGGAUAUCACUCUUUCAACUGUACGUUGAAAUGUCCACCAAACUGCUUGAAUGAGUCAGGACAACCAGCCGCAUGUGACAAGGACACUGCCCAUUGCACCAACUGUCAACCAACUUGGUGGGGAUCCAAGUGCACGAACAAAUGUGAUAGCAACUGUAAGAAUGGAGUUUGUGACUUUGUGAAUGGACAUUGCCAUGAAUGUGAAGUGGGUAGAACAGGAGAGAACUGUUCAGAAGAAUGUCCCAGUGAUUGUUGGCGCCGUCUGUGUCACAGAGACAACAAGACUUGCACUGGUGGAUGUACCCCGGGGUAUUUUGGGGAGACGUGUGAUAAGAAGUGUGGCGGUAACUGUAAGGAGGUGGAGUGUACAGUCAAUGGAACAACAGAUGCUUCCUCCAAGUCAAUGUGUGCUAGGUGUACGGGCACCGGGCAAUGCCAUUCCUGCAAGUCUGGGUACUGGGGAGAUAUUUGUGACAAACUGUGCCCGGAACAGUGUACAGAGUGCGCACAAAACAACGGCACUUGUGGCAGCGGCAGCGGCGGCGGCAGCAGCAGUAGUAGUGACAGGAUUACUGGACAUAGAGAGGGAGAGAUUGCUGGUUCUGUAACUGCGGUCAUCCUUCUUGUAGUAGUUGCAGCUUUCGUCAUAUAUCUUGUAAAAAGGACACGGGGCUGUAACAGUCUGUUAGGGCGAUGUCGAGGAAGACGGCAGUCUGAAGUCGACGAAAAUGUUAUGAAGAACUUAGCUCAAAGCUCAGGUGAUAACACCGUGGAAGUGUGACGAUGAUGGACCAGUAUUAACUGAAGAAAAUACACGACUCCAUGUGUAGUGGAGACGAUCGAGGAACAGAUGACCUGUUUUAUGCUGCACGUUUUCCGUUUUCACUGGGGGCGAAGGGGUAGCCUAGUGGUUAAAGCGUUCGCUCGUCACUCUGAAGACCCGGGUUCGAGUCCCCACAUGGGUACGAUGUGUGAAGCCC